AAUUGAUUUUCUUUGGCUCAUUUUCACUGCCUCAAACGGGAAACGAGAAAAAAUCAUCUUCCAGCCGCCCAAACCCUAAAACGAUUCCAUUGUUCUAAUCAAACGCAACAGAGAUUGAGCCACUCGUUAAGGGAGAGAGAAUCUUUGAGUUGAAUCGGUCGGAGCAAGACCAGAGUUCGAGGUUGUAAACAGACGUAAUUUUAUUAAAUGGGUGCGGCGGGUUCAAAACUCGAGAAAGCUUUGGGAGACCAGUUUCCUGAAGGCGAAAGAUAUUUUGGCCUAGAAAACUUUGGCAACACUUGUUAUUGCAACAGCGUGUUGCAGGCACUUUACUUUUGUGUCCCAUUUCGUGAACAGCUGCUCGAAUAUUAUUCAAAUUAUAAAAAUGGUGCCGAUACUGAAGACAAUCUACUGAUAUGCUUGGCUGAUCUGUUUACACAGAUAAGUUCACAGAAGAAGAAAACAGGAGCCAUUGCUCCAAAGCGCUUUGUACAGAGAUUGAAGAAACAAAAUGAGCUUUUCCGCAGUUAUAUGCACCAGGAUGCUCAUGAGUUCUUGAAUUUUUUGCUGAAUGAACUUGUCGACAUAUUGGAGAAAGAGGCUCAAACAGCAAAAAAUGAGGCUGAAACUUCAUCACCGCCUGAAAAGACUGCAAAUGGUCUAAAGAAUCCUCAGGCAAAAGGUGUUCAAAAAGAGCCUCUGGUUACAUUGGUACACAAGAACUUUCAGGGAAUACUUACCAAUGAGACCAGAUGCUUGCGAUGUGAGACAGUGACAGCUAGAGACGAAACUUUCUUUGACUUGAGCCUUGACAUUGAACAAAACAGCUCAAUAACUAGCUGCUUGAAAAAUUUUAGUUCUACUGAGACAUUGAACGCCGAGGACAAAUUUUUCUGUGACAAGUGCUGCGGUUUGCAAGAAGCACAGAAGAGAAUGAAGAUAAAGAAGCCUCCUCACAUCCUGGUCAUCCAUUUAAAGCGAUUCAAGUACAUCGAGCAGCUUGGCCGGUACAAGAAGCUCUCUUACCGUGUGGUUUUUCCGCUUGAGCUGAAGCUGAGCAAUACUGCGGAAGAUGCAGAUUCAGAGUAUUCUCUGUUUGCUGUGGUUGUUCAUGUGGGAAGUGGACCUAACCACGGGCACUAUGUUAGCCUGGUGAAAAGCCAUAACCACUGGUUAUUUUUUGACGAUGAAAAUGUCGAGAUGAUCGAUGAGUCAGCAGUUCAGACAUUUUUUGGGUCUGCCCAGGAGUAUUCAAACAAUACAGAUCAUGGGUAUAUCUUAUUCUACGAAAGUCUUGGUGCAAACAAGAAUAGCUGAGAAGAGGGUUUGGUUUUCUUUUUACCAUGAGUUGCCGUUUAGAAACAGUUGAAAAGGAAUCAAAUAGACAAGCUGUGCAGAUAUGUUAGAAUCAUUAAACGUGAAAUAAGAAGGCUAUUUUGCAAAUGAGGAGAUAGAUAAGUUGUGCUUUGCAGCUUUGUAUGUCCUGUAAUUACAAUGUAAGUCUUAGGAGAGUUUUACUUUAAUAGCCUUAGUUUUUUUACCUAUACAUUUUCGUACAUUCA